AUGUCGCAAUUCGUCACAGACCUGUGGGAGUCCAUCUUCACCCCCGGCGCAACGCCGACACUCCUGAUCGCCACCAACGUUUCUUUCGCCGCCCUUCAGCUCGUGCUCUUUGCGCUCCUGCUCGCGACCUGGUCCGUCCACUUCGUCAUCCUCUCCUUCCUCUGCGGCGGUCUCUGGUGGGCCAUCAACUGGUUUGCCAAUGAAGUCAGGAUCUUCCAGGAGCGCGAGGAGCAGGAGAAGAGGAGCAAGGCGGGCGCGGCUGCAGACGCCGAUAACGAGGCCUCUUCAUCAUCGUCGGCUGAGGAGACGGAGGUCGAGACAGUCAUAGCCAGGGGCAGGCCGCCGGUGACGGGCAGCAAGGAAGUCGAGCCGCUGCAGAAGAAGGGCGAACUAAAGCGCCGGACCGCCGAGGCCGCGUCCGAGCAGUCGGUGGGUUCCAAGUCGAGCGCGAGCACGGAGGACGAGUGGGAGAAGGUGUCGGAGAACGAGAAGGACAAAUAA